AUGCGAUUGAGAGUGGGAGACAUAUCCGAUGAGGUCGGUUACGACGUGCUCCGUUAUCUCAUUGCUGGAAGUGGGAUUGAUAACGUCAAUGUGGAUAAGUGGACUGACGAAAAUAAAUUCGAUCUCAACAAUUUAUUCAAGAAAUGGAGGGGAAAUCGAACUCAAGGACAAAUGUUUGAUUUUGUUUUCGACAAAAACGGUUACAAUUGCACCGAGAUGUUCAGCGAGUGUUAUGAGGGAUCAGUGACGCUGGAUUGUUGCAGGAUUUUUGAACCGACGUUUGUAAUGAUGAGAGGAAGAUGUUUCCGCCUUGUCGACGACUAUUAUCAAAGGGAUGUCGAUGAAACAUUCAAACUUUCACUCUUCUUCAAGAAAAUUCAAGGAACGCUCUUGGGAAACAAUACUCGGCCGCAAUUAAUAGUUCACAUAAGCGAUUCUUAUCCUGAAGUUGGCCUGUAUCCCCGUUUAUACCUAAGUUUCAAUGACUGGAAUCGCCUUCAUUUCUCUCAGCGGAAGAUAGUAAUGCUACCAGAACAUAACUCUUGCUCAGUUGACCCACGCGAUCAAGGUAAAUCGACUUGCUUUGUGUACAGUUGGAUGAAUCGAGUAUUUGUCGAUUCUUUGAAUUGCACAAGCCCUCCAUUCAAGGCUAUGUUACCUUAUCUAGCCACAGUUCCAACAUGCGAGCCAGAAAUUAUAGUACAAAAUUAUAAAAAUGUGACCUCAACAGUUGGUGACGAUUAUGGUUGUCUCCCAGCAUGUCAACGCACGGAAAAUCGCUGGCGAUUGACAUCUAGUAUGGAUUUGAGUCCUGUAAGACAACAUGCUUUUCGUGUGGAAGCGUCUUUUAGCGAAUUGGAAUACGAAGAGUACACUGAAAUACGGCUGACGACAGGUGUGCAACUCCUUUCUGAGUUAGGAGGACAGAUUGGACUAUUUCUUGGCACAUCGGUGAUGACGUUCGUGCAGAUACUGCUUGGCAUAUCUGUUUUACUUUACAGGAAGGCGAAAAAGGUUUAUAUCGAGGAUGUCAAUAUCGCCUUGACUCUUCGUCCAUAA